AUGCAAACAACCAGUGCCGAUUGCCUGUCUGUCUUCCAGGAGCUACAGGAGGAGCUUGAGGCAGCGCUGGCUGGCGAGGCAGUGUCCAUCCUUGCCUACGGAGCCACCGGCAGCGGCAAGACCCACACCGUCACGAACUUUGCGGAGCGGGCGGCCAAGCGCCUGGAUGAGGAGGCGGAGGCCUUGGAGAAGGAAGGUCUGCGUCUGGAUGUGGUCGUGCAGAUGGUGGAGAUCUACAACGAGCAGUUCCGGGACCUGCUGGUUCCAGAGGUGAAGCACGCUCCGGAGCCACCAAGGCUGAAGAUGCCCACGCCCACCAGCAGUGCCACGCUGCAGGGGGCAGCACAGCGGCACAUAUCGCGCGACAGCGGCGGCAUGCUCAAAAGCUUGCAGGCUGCCCUGCGGUCGGGACAAGCCCAUCGAGCCACAUGCUCCACGGCGGUUCACGGCUGUUCCUCGCGUUCCCAUCUCGUCAUGAUGCUCUAUCUCCUGACCUCCGAUGCCACGUCAGGCGCCCAGCGUCGUUUGGGGCGCUUGAGCCUCGUGGACCUGGCCGGAAGCGAGCGCAUCAAGAGCAGCGAGGAAAAGCCGUGA